AUGCUCAAGACACUUCUCGUCCUAGCCCUCUCGGCCACGGCCCUUGCGGCUGACGCCUUCUUCGUCUUCAACAAGCGACAGACAGUCCCGAUCUCGUGCAGUGAUUCCGGCCUCAAGGUGUGCGGCGACGGCUGCAUCCCCCUGACGUACACGUGCUGCCCAGACCAGCAGGGCGGGUGCCCCUUGAGCUCGACGUGCUGGCUCGGCACCAACGGCGCGUACGGGUGUUGCCCGAUCGGCCGGCGCUGCACGGGUCCGGGCGGGGUCGAUACGCUGCCCGGGAGCACGUUGACCUCCACCAUCUUCUUCACAGAGUCGGUGCCGGACGACGAGACUUCCACGUCCUUCUUGGUCUCGACGUCCACAUCAGUGUUCACAUUCACUUCCGAGGUAGAGAACACCUCAACAGAGACUCCAUUCCUACCGAAGUCGACCACUUCCACAUCCGUUGCGCCAAUCACCAACACCCAAACGCUGUCGCUUGUAGCACCCACGUCUAUUUCGAGAGUUACACCAACUGAGGCACCCCCGGUGACGGCCAACGGCGCAAGCAGCCGCAGCGGACCACUCCUCCAGGCGGUAGCAGCCGGUGCUGUGGCGUUACUCGCGAUAUGA